UUCAUUAAAGGUCCAAUUAGUAAACAGCUUGCUAGGUUUAAAUCGACCAUUGGUGAAGAAAAGAAGAAAAUAUAUUAUAAGAUGUCACACGAUAGAUUUGGUGAUUUCAGCCAACAACAAAAUCGCAUGUAUUUUGGAACUGAAGUAAUUAAUAGAGUAUCAUUUUUAAGAGAAGAUAGUGAUUUUAUUAGCAAUGCGGUGAGUCAUCCACUGACGAGGUUUGUAUUUUUCCAUGAUACCAAUCCAUUAGUUCAUAAAGUUGGGGAAAAUAAGUUAGUGGUAUUAACGAACGGGAAUGAACAAUUAGAAUCGGGGGAAGGAGAUGGAUUUAAAGUGGGAUUGAAAAAUCAUGAAGAAUGGAAUCAAGUUAUUGAAACUUGGAAGAAUGAUAAUAAGGAACAAAGCAGUGGAUUGAGAGAUGAUGAGAAACCAACCUUAUUAUUUUUAGGAUUGAAAGAUGAAAGUGUUGGAUUGAAUUUAUCCAAAGUUAAAGCAGCAGAUAUUGAAAAAGAAGAUGAGGAUCACGAAAUCAAUGAACAUUAUUUAGAUCAUCAGGGAAGAUAUCAAGGAAUACCAUAUUUUGCCGUUGAUUUGACUCAAUCACCCAAAUUGGUUGAAAUGAUCAAGACAUUUUUCGUGGAAGAAAAUAGUCAGUCAGUUGAUAAGAGCGAUUUAUUUUUCAGUUUAUCAAGAAAACACUAUUUUGGAUUCAAUGAUGUUGAAGCUACGUUAUACUCGCACGGUAAGAUGUUUUUAGACUGGUUAGGAAGAAAUCGAUUUUGUCCAGGGUGUGGAAGUAAAGUUAUACCUAUUCACGCCGGAGGAAAAUUACAUUGUACCAACGACAAACAUGAAACCUAUAAAGAAGAAGGAGAAACCAAGACCAAAUACGAUUGUCCCGUUAAGAACAAGCGAGUCUCCAAUGUCUCCUUCCCGCGUACCGAUGCGGUUGUGAUUACUGCAAUCACCAACCAGGACAAGUCCAAGAUCUUGUUAUCCAAACUGAAGAGGUAUGCCCCGACCAAUAUCUAUGCAUGCACCGCCGGAUUUCUCGAACCCAGCGAGACGGUAGAAGUGGCCACCAAAAGAGAAAUCUGGGAAGAAACUGGGGUGGUUUGUCUGGACAUCAAGAUAUUCAUGACCCAACCAUGGCCGUUCCCGGCAAACCUAAUGAUCGGAUGCAUUGCCACGGUGGACUUCAAUGGCAUCAACGAACAGAUCUACUUGGGCCACGAUCGAGAAUUGGCAGAUGCCCAGUGGUUUGACACCGACUUUGUUAAAAAGUUGAUCUACGAUGAUCCGGGCACCGACGCAAACCCCGACGGCAUCACCUUGCCUACUCCGGAGAGCAUUGCAUACCAAUUGAUCAAGGCAGUAGUCGACCAGCCCAAGGCCAGCAAGUUCUAACCCUACCCUACAUACCUUAUAUACCUUAUAUACCCUACAUACCCUACAUACCUUAUAUACCCUACAUACCCUACAUACCCUACAUAUAUAUUUAGAUUACAAUUACAUGCACUUACAAACCCGUACCGCGGUUUCGCAAUAAUUGCAGCCAUCUCCCCUCAUCUUCAUGGAUUCAGCCAAUCCUCCACCUCCCCCAUAUUCAGCUUCACGUCCACAGCUUCAGCUUCACUUUAACAGUCACUUCAACAGCUCCAGCUUCACAGUUUCAUGGUGUUUCAUAGGUUAGCCAUAGUACUGCUAAUACCGUAGGUGCGGCACCGGCAGCCUACGUCACCGUCCCGCUAGCAGGGGCCUGGGCACGCCCGUACCAACGGGAAACUACCGAAAUUUCCUGAAAAAAAAAAAACAAAUAAAACAGGGAAAAUCCGCUAACAAAACAAAAAAAAC